GCAGAGGUGGGGACUCGAGUCACAUGACUUGUACUCGAGUCAGACUCGAGUCGUUAAAAUCACGACUUGAGACUUGACUUGAAAAAAUGCUCAAAGACUCGGACUUGACUUUGACUUUCAUGCCAUUGACUUGGGACUUGACUCGACUUGAAGCUGUUUACUUGAAAAGACUUGAUAUUUUUUACUCAAAGUCUUAAAAUUUAAAACACAUUAUUUAUAAACUGGCGUCAUUACUUAAUUUCACUCAUUCCGUAUCAAUAUGCGCAGACCGUCACUAUGUUUUUCCUCUCUCCUUAUGUACGUAUGUGUACGUAGCUGCAGCACAACCAAUCAAAUUAACAGGAUUUGGACGUUUAAAAAAACGCGGCGAAGCUACAGAGCUCAGGGAACGAAAUACGAAAUAAUCGCUCGAAUAUGCUUCCGCGAGUAAUUUCUUUUGGCUACGUAGGUUAUGAAAUUUCGACUAAAAAACGAACUGCAACUUGUAAAACAUGCAAGAAGAGAAUAUCGGAUGGAGAUGCCACGACGUCCAACUUUGUCCGGCAUUUGAAGCUUCACAAAGAUCGAUUUGAAGAAUACCAGAUGAAUAAGAGGAUCACAAAUGAACCUCAACAGCCUUCCAUAUCACAAUUUCUGGACACUCGUGCUGGGCAGUACAGUAUGAAUCAUCCACAGCAGAAAGCCAUUACAAAUGCCUUACUACGUGACUUAAUUAUUGGUUGUAAUCUGCCCCUGUCUAUUGUGGAAAACAAGAGUUUUCGACACUUUCUGACAGUAGUCGACAGCAAAUACAGCCCAAUAUGUCGCAGAACAAUGACAUCAAAAAUAGAAGAUCUUGCUGCUGAGAAACAUUUGAUGUUAAAAACCCAGCUGAGCCAGACUGAUCAUGUUUCAGUGACAGUGGACAUUUGGUCAGACCGAAAGAUGAGGGGUUUCCUUGGCAUCACUGUGCACUGGAUACAAAAAGGAAUUGAGAGGCUCGAGGUGAGGAACCUGAUGAUAAUCAUCGUCUUGACGACCCAGAGCUCUGGCAUGACUUACCCUUGGAAGAUCAGGAAACAGUCGGUGCCUCUUUGGGAAAGAAACAUCGCCUGCAAUGUUUUGCUCACACACUUCAGCUGGUGGUGAGAGAUGGCCUGACAGAGACCAAAGUGGCAUCUCCUGCCCUUUCAAAGCUAUCUAAGCUCAGCUCACUACUGCACACAAGCACAACAUUGAAAGAUGUGUUUGAAGCUGAAUUUGGUGAACGGAAAAGCAUCCCUGCUUCUGUAAUCACAAGAUGGAAUUCAACAGUGAGACAAGUGAAGGCGGUUCUUCAAUGUGAACAUCUAAAACUCUGUGCUAUUCUUGAAAAAGCCGGGCACAAGAAGUUGUU